UCAAAAUCUCAACUUCGAGCUAUGGCGGCCUUUGAAGACAGAGCUGAUGAAAACGAUGAAAUUGCCUUCAAAGAUGGCAACACUGAUAUUUCCCAACAGCUUAUGGACCGUUACGGCAAGUCCUCAGCCGCGCAACACCGUCAUCUCGUCGCCACCGCCGUCGCUAUGCGCUCUAUUCUCACCUCUGAGUCACUUCCGCCAUCUCCUUCAGCUUUCUUCGCAGCUGCUAUAUCCUCUGUGGAUUCUUCUACGGAGGAUCCCGAGGCAAUUUCUGCUUUGCUUACAUUCCUGUCCAUUGUCGUUCCUUUGGUUCCUUCAGGAGAAAUUUCAGCUACUAUGGCUCGAGAUGCUGUAGCUGUUUUGGUAAAUUCAGUUGAUGGAGAAGGAAAUAAAUUAGGUGUUGCGAGUUUGAGAGCUGGUGUGAAGUGCAUUGGAGCCUUGCUUAUUGGUUUCUGUGAUUUGGAUGAUUGGGAAUCACUUCAAACUGGGUUUGGUUUACUUCUCAAAUUCGCCAUUGACAAACGUCCCAAGGUUAGAAGGUGCGCUCAAGAGUGUUUGGAGAAGUUAUUUGGUUCUCUCCGAUCAUCUACUGUUCUAAAGGAAGCAAGUAAUUCAGUUUAUGCUUUACUUGAAGAAUAUAUGCCUGUUCUAUCUGACUUAAGCUCAAAAAAGAUUGAGGAAGGUUCUAAGGUUAACUUAACAUUGAAAGCCGAGAACGUAGAGGCUGCCCAUGCGCUAAAUGUGCUGAGUGCUACAAUUCCGUUUCUCACUGCGAAAGUUAGUUCUAGAGUUUUUACAGAACUUUGCAAGCUUAUGGGAUCACAGUUUUCGCCGCUGACUAGGCAAAUUCUCAAAGCAAUUGACACUAUUUUCAAGAAUUCAGAAGAUACAGUUGUUGUUCCUGAGAUAGAAGGACUCGUAACUUCUUUGACUAGUUAUUUAUCUUUACACGACAAGAAUCCUGCUGACACGAUCGUUCAUGUGACCACCCUAUUAAAAAGUGCUUUGGAGAAAGCCUACUCAGUCGAACCGACAUUAUGUCUAAGGAAACUUCCACUAGUUUGUAGGUCAUUGGCAGGCCUUCUGACUUCCACGGACGAUGUUGCAUCCCAAGCCUCAGUUAUAUUAAAAGACUUGAUCAGUAGCCACAUCGAUAAAAAUAAACUUCUGAUCGAUGAAAGCUUGUCUGGUGAAGAUGUGGAUAACGUAACCAGUGGAGAAGAUAUAAAUGCAGCAAGAUGUGUAUGCUCUGUCUUUCAGACUGCCCUGAACUCAUGUGAUGGAAAUCCAAAGGAUCACAUUUUAACUGUCAUAAAUCUUUUGAUCGAGAAACUUGGAGAGCUCUCAUAUAUUCUUGCAAAGGAUAUCAUAUUAAAGCUUGCCGACUUGAUGAAACAUGCAACUGGAGACACUUCUAGCUCACAAUAUCUUCAGCAAUGCAUUGGGUCUGCAGUGGUUGCAGUGGGACCAGUAAGGCUACUGACACUUCUUCCAAUCACUCUUCAUACUGAGAGUCACUCAUGCACAAAUGCUUGGCUAAUUCCAAUCUUAAGAGAAUAUAUUGUUGGAGCAUCUCUUGAGUAUUAUGUCGACCACAUUGUUCCGCUUGCAAAAUCACUGUUGCUUGCUUCUAAAGGAGCUAAAAAGUCAUCUCACGGCAAAAAGUUGCGGGCCUAUAGUCAUGAACUUCUGAGACUGCUACCUGCCUUUUGUAACUAUCCAGUUGAUGUCCCCCAAAAAUUUGGAUCGUUAGCCAAACUAAUGGUUAAAUUUGUUAAAAAUAAAUCUUUCAUGCAUGAAGCCGUCGCUCUUUCUAUACAGAUGCUUGUAAAUCAGAAUAAAGGAAUGCCUAAGCCCAGUACAGAUAUGGGAGAAGCAAAAGCCAUAAGUGAAGAUGCAACAACAGAGCUGAAAAGUGGAUUCCACUAUUCAAAGAAAUCUUCAGCUAAAAACAUGAAGGCUUUGGCAUCAAGCUCGACACAGUUGCUUCAGACUCUUGUUGAUGUACUCACUGUUUCAGGCACAGAGAUCAGUGCAGACUUUAAGGCUGCAAUUGGAUCCUUAGCUUCCACUCUUAAUUCAUCAGUUAGGAAAAGGAUUCUAAUUUCUUUGCUAAAUAAGUUUGAUCCUGCUGGUGAAAGCGAGACUGAAGAGAAGGUCAAUCAAUCAAAUGAUUCAAUCGAAGAAGAAAAAGAAACCUGCGGUGCCACAAAGACACAGUUAAAGAGGAGUGCUGUGCUGGAUCUUGCAUCUUCAUUUGUUGAAGGAGCCAAGGAAGAUCUUAUUGAGUUGAUUUAUAAUCUUGUUCGUCAAAGUUUUCAGGCCACCGAUGAGGCUGAUCUUUGUGGUGCAUAUGAUACUCUGAGCAGAGUUCUUCAGGAACACGGUUGGUUUUGUUCAUCUCAUUUUGUAGAGGUGAUAGAGAUGUUACUCAGCCAUAAAAAUCCAGAGGAUGCAGCAUCUUCUAGAAGCCGAUUUGCAUGUCUCCACGUUCUAAUGGCUCAUGGAAUUCAGUCAAGCACCGAGGAGGAGAAUGAGAAGGCUUUCCUAAUUCUGAACGAAGUGAUCCUGACACUUAAAGAUGGGAAAGAAGAACAUAGAAAAUCAGCAUGUGAUGCACUGGUUAUGGUAUAUACCACCCUGAAAAAUUUAUCAUCUAUCAGCAGCGAGGAACUUUGUCCCAAAUUGAUUAACAUGAUAACGGGUUAUAUUUCUGGAUCGUCGCCGCACAUAAGGAGUGGAGCUGUGUCUGCACUAUCUGCUUUGAUAUACAAAGACCCUGAGAUCUGCAUGUCGUCACCCGAGCUUCUUUCAUCUGUUUUAUCGUUGCUUCACACCAAAUCCAUUGAGAUUAUAAAAGCUGUUUUGGGUUUUGUGAAAGUUUUAGUUUCAACAUCGCAAGCCCAGGACUUGCAGAAUCUUCUGCAGAACCUCUUAUACGAAAUUCUCCCCUGGUCGUCUGUUUCAAGACACUAUUUUAAGACAAAGGUAACGAUCAUUGUUGAGAUUAUGGUAAGGAAGUGUGGCACCCGCGCAGUCCAAUUAGCCACACCAGACAAGCACAAGAGUUUCAUCCAGACAGUUUUAGAGAACCGUUCGGGGAAAUCAAAAGACAAAGAAGAGACCAAUGAUUCACAGGCUACAUCCAGAGAGAAACAGAAAAGAAAUUACAGAGACGCUUCAUCAGAAACUACAGCCAAACAAGACGGCAACAAAUUCAAACGGCAGAAGAGAACACAUCAACAACACACACCUGCUUCCGACAUUAGUGGAAGUAGGACAGGACCACAGCGCCCUGGUAAUAGAAGCUUCGGAAAACAUAGGGAGGCUUCUGGAAACAAUUACAAGUCAGGGAAAGAGACACGAAAGCCACAGAAGAACAGAUUCAGGAAAGCACCAUGAAUCUAAUCUCAGUCAAUAGAGUUUUGCAGUUAUCAUAUACCAAAAACAGUAACAUUGGUGUGUAUGUAUACGAUUUGUAGAUUAUACACAUCAAGAUUUUUGAAAGAUUCGUUUUUAAGUCCAAAAAUCGCCAAAGAAUAGAAAAAGGUUUUGUUGUUA